UCUUUAUUCUCAAUCGCAAAAUCCUGUUUCUUCUUUCUUCUCAAUCACAAAAAUUUCUUUCUUCUCAAUCACAAAACUUAAAACAAAUUAUGUUGUUGGAUUUCGACUAUGAAUCAAUCGUAAGGUCUAUUGUUCGAUUUCUACUGUGAAUCAAUCCAAAGUUUUUGUUGUUGGAUUUCUCUCUUCCUGCUAUUUCGUUUUGAACUCUAAAGUGCCUUUGUUGGAUAUGAAGACCGUAAGUACUGCACCAACACGUGAAGGUUCGAGUAAGACAGAAGAUUAUACUAACUUUGUUGAAGAGGAAUGAUGAACUGAAGAACAAUGAGAAGAAUUUUGUGAUUGUCGUUGAAAUCUUGGGGUUGUUGUUGAUGUUAUGUUUUAUUGUUAUUUGCAUCAUCUAUUAAUGAAUCAAAUUGUGUUGCGUUAUUGUUAUAUUUCAAAUCAACUUGUUCUAUUUUAUUGUCCUGUUAUUGUUAUGUUUUGGUCUUGUUUUGUUAUAAUUCAAAUCAAAAGCCUAAACAUUGGUCAUCUAGAACCCCCAAAAUCAAGGAGAAAACCAGCAACACCUAAACAAACACAGAUGUCACAAUGAAACUAUAUACCAGGCACAACAACAAGCAGACCUACAAAGGAAAAGAAUCACAAAAAUAGCACCCGCCGCACGAAAAUUGACCUGGUCAAAAUUGACUUUUAGCAAAAGGGGUAAACAUAGGGGGCUAGAUCUGCUAUUUUGAAACAUAGGGAGACAAAAUUGCAAGUUUCUCAAAUAUAGGAGCCAAAACUACAAUUUAGCCAGGAAAAUAAUUUACUUUACUUUCAAGUUUCAACUUCAUAAUAAAUUUUACAAAAUCAAUUAAUUCAAAAUCAAAUUUUGUGUAGAACCAAACACACACUUAUUCAUCUAAUCAAUUCUUCUUCUGAAUCCUCUCUAUUAUAUGUUCUUCCCGCUCAUAUCAUAGAAUGGCCACUCAAUUUCACAUUGAUUCAUUGUUACAGAAAUGCAAUUCUCUCAUUCACAUGAAACAGCUUCAAGCUCAUCUCAUAACCACCGGAAAAUUCCAAUUUCACCCUUCCCGCACCAAGCUCCUCGAACUCUUCGCCGUCUCUCCCGCCGGCAACCUCUCUUUCGCCGGAAAUUUUUUCCGGCAGAUUCAAAACCCCACCACAAACGACUACAAUGCCGUUCUUCGAGGUCUGGCUCAAAGCUCCGAACCAACACAGUCCAUUUCAUGGUACCGUAAUAUGUUACGUUGCGGUAAAAAGAUCGAUGCUUUGACAUGUUCCUUCGCUCUUAAGGGAUGUGCGCGUGCUUUAGCUUUUUCUGAAGCAACCCAGUUGCAUUCUCAGGUUUUGCGUUAUGGGUUUGAUGAUGAUGUUUUGUUAGUUACCACUUUGUUAGAUGUGUAUGCGAAAAGUGGUUAUAUUGAUGAUGCAAAGAAGGUGUUUGAUGAAAUGCAGCAACGAGAUAUUGCUUCUUGGAAUGCGAUGAUUUCUGGGUUGGCUCAAGGGAGUCGACCAAAUGAAGCUAUAGAUUUGUUUAAUAAGAUGAAGGAGGAAGGGUGGAGGCCGAAUGAUGUGACUGUUCUUGGUGCACUCUCGGCUUGUUCUCAAUUGGGUGCUUUGAAACAGGGAGAGAUUGUUCAUGGGUAUAUUGUGGAUGAGAAGUUAGAAAAUAAUGUGAUUGUUUGUAAUGCGGUUAUUGAUAUGUAUGGUAAAUGUGGGUUUGUUGAUAAAGCUUAUUCGGUAUUUAAUAGUAUGAGUUGUAGGAAAAGUCUUAUCACUUGGAAUACAAUGAUUAUGGCUUUUGCAAUGAAUGGUGAUGGAUAUAAGGCGCUUGAUCUUUUAGAUCGAAUGAUUUUAGAUGGAAUGUGUCCGGAUGCAGUGUCGUAUCUUGCUGCAUUGUGUGGGUGCAACCAUGCUGGGUUGGUGGAUGAAGGUGUUAGAUUGUUUGAUUUGAUGAAGGUGUCGGGUGUGGAAAUUAAUGUUAAGCAUUAUGGGAGUGUGAUUGAUUUGUUGGGUCGAGCCGGAAGGCUCAAAGAGGCGUAUGAUAUUAUAAAUUCCAUGCCUAUGUUGCCUGAUGUGGUUCUUUGGCAGACUUUGCUUGGGGCUAGUAAGACUUAUGGGAAUGUGGAAAUGGCAGAGGUGGCGUCAAAGAAGCUGGUGGAGAUGGGGUCAAACAGUUGUGGGGAUUUUGUCUUGCUGUCGAAUGUUUAUGCAGCACAACAGAGGUGGAAAGAUGUAGGGAGGGUGAGGGAAGCUAUGGUAAAUAACGAUGUUAGGAAGGUACCGGGAUUUAGUUUCACAGAAAUAGAUGGUAGGAUACACAAGUUUAUAAAUUCUGAUCAGAGUCAUCCGAAUUCGACAGAGAUAUAUGCAAAGCUCGAUGAGAUCAAGUUUAGGAUUAAAUCCUAUGGAUAUAUAGCUGAAACUAAUCUUGUGUUGCAUGAUAUAGGCGAUGAAGACAAGGAGAAUGUCAUAAAUUAUCAUAGCGAGAAGUUGGCUGUGGCUUAUGGUUUAAUUAGUACAGUUGAUGGAACACCAAUUCUAGUUAUAAAGAACCUUAGAAUAUGUGUGGAUUGCCAUACUUUCAUAAAAAUUAUAUCAAAUAUUUAUAAUAGGGAGAUUAUUGUAAGGGAUCGAGCGAGAUUUCAUAGAUUUAAAGACGGUGUAUGCUCUUGCAGAGAUUAUUGGUAAAAUGAAAAGUAGAUGCUUAUUGUGUAUAUUUAUUUUCUUAUAGAAGCUUGAAUAAUCAAUUUCUUA